AUGGCCACCAUGACAAGAAGUGAGGGAAACUCUCUAAUGGAGAGUGUUUAUUCUGGUGACACAGUUACUGCUGAAGAACAGAUUUAUAUUCUUCUGAAAGCUAAAGUACAGUGCGAAGUCAAUAUUACAGUCCAUUUGCAGGAAGAAGGAACAGAAGGAAGUUGUUUGCCAGAAUGGGAUGGAUUGGUAUGCUGGCCGAGAGGAACUCCGGGGAAGAUACUUGCUCUCAGUUGUCCUCCGUAUGUGUAUGACUUUAAUCACAGAGGAUUGGUCUUUAGGAGAUGCAAUGCCAACGGAACCUGGGAUUUUGUACAAAAUUCUAACCGUUCUUUUUCCAACUAUUCUGAAUGCAUUCGCUUUUUGGAACCUGAAACGAGCCGCGGAAAAAGAGAAUUUUUUGAACGACUUUAUGUUAUGUACACAGUUGGAUACUCCAUUUCAUUUUGCUCAUUAGCAGUUGCUAUCUUCAUCAUUGGAUACUUCAGGAGAUUGCACUGUACCAGAAACUACAUCCACAUGCAUCUGUUUGUUUCCUUUAUGAUGAGAGCUGCCAGCAUCUUCAUUAAGGACAAAGUGGUUCAUACUCAUAUAGGAGUGAAGGAAUUAGAUGCAAUGCUCAUGGGUGACCUUAGAAGCAUUAUGGUUGCUCCUGUUCUGGAUAAAUCACAAUAUGUUGGAUGUAAAAUUGCUGUUGUACUGUUCAUUUAUUUCUUGGCAACCAAUUACUACUGGAUACUCGUUGAAGGACUUUAUCUGCACAGCUUGAUAUUUGUAGCAUUCUUUUCAGACACUAAAUACUUAUGGGGCUUCACGCUCAUAGGAUGGGGUUUUCCAGCUAUAUUUGUAAUAUUGUGGUCAGUAGUACGGGUGACGGUAGCAGAUGCAAGAUGUUGGGAACUGAGCGCUGGAGAAAUAAAAUGGAUCUACCAAGCACCAAUACUAGCAGCAAUUGGGCUAAAUUUCAUCCUGUUCCUGAACACAGUACGGGUCCUUGCAACAAAAAUUUGGGAGUCAAAUGCAGUUGGUUACGAUGCAAGGAAACAAUACAGGAAGUUAGCAAAGUCUACACUUGUGCUUAUCCUGGUAUUUGGCGUCCACUACAUUGUGUUUGUGUGCCUACCACACACAUUUACUGGUUUAGCCUGGGAGAUCCGGAUGCACUUUGAACUGUUCUUCAACUCAUUUCAGGGAUUCUUUGUUUCAAUAAUUUAUUGUUACUGCAAUGGAGAGGUGCAGACAGAAAUUAAGAAAACAUGGACCAGAUGGAAUCUUGCUUUUGAUUGGAAAAGCACAACACACUGUGGCAACUUCAGGUAUGGCUCUGUCUUGACAAAUAUGACACACAGCACUAGCAGCCAAUCGCAUAUGGUAACCAGCUCACGUAUGGUGUUGAUCUCCAGCAAAGUCAGUCGAAGUGUCAGCAAACAAGCCGAUGGACAUAUAAAUUUGCCAGGAUAUGUUAGAAGCAAUUCAGAUCAAGACUGUUUACCACAUUGGAUCCAGGAAGAGGCCAAUGAGGAGGACGAAAAGCAAGUUGAUGAUAUAUCCUUAAAAGAAACAUUAAGGCCACGAAUGCAAAUGAGUACAGAGGCAGAUGUUAACAACAGAAAUGAAAUAGAAGAAACACUGUAAUUAACUUUCACUGAUGCUUCUAAGGGCAGCCAACAAAAAACGGGUAGAAGAUAUACAAUAUUUUUUAUAACAAUGAAAUGUGCUUUGUGGAAAUCUUUUUAGUUUGAUUCUGCAAUGAAGAUGCAAUGAAUAGCCUGAAUUUUAAGCACAAUUAAAGUAAAAUGACUGAUUGUUCAUCUCUGAUCAUCAUGGAGAAGAAAAAAGUCAUUAAGUGAACCUAUAAUAUUUUAUGUAAAGCAUAAGAUAUUAGAUUUUAAAAAAAAUUCAAAAUUAAUUUUAGUGAUGUUGAUUUUAAGUUCUUAUGCUUUAUU